AGAAACCAAAGUACACUUUAUUGUGUACCUUAUACAUCUUAGUCGGCUUGGCGCUGACUAGCACUAUCAUCGAACUUGUCAGACGACAAUACACUCAGUCCUGGAGGAGGUUGCAAAGACUAAGUGGCCCAUUAGCUGAAACUCUCAGGAAACUUGGCGAACAAGCGGGCGGCGACAUGUCGGCGCUGCACUCUGAUCUGCGGAAAGUACUGACGGUUAUAUCUAUGCCGCGUUUGAGAUGGUCUGCGUCCAUCGACCGGAGUGUCAUAAAGGAUCGGAACUGGGAGGAAGCUAUCGAAGCAGUGUUGCGCGACAUCGCCGCAUCAGCGACGUCCCCGCCGUCCAAGAAACCGAUCGUACAAAUUGUCGUUUAUGAAUCCAGCGUUUAGUAUUGUUUAAACGCUGAGCUUAAAAAAAUACAUAUAUUACAUUAAUUUCGUGGGCGUCUUUAACCGAUCGUCGUACACACGGCACACAGUGGGGAAUUUCGGCUAAAACACCAUAAAUUGACGAAUAUCAGGAGCUCGAUUGCGUAUCUUGGCUGUUCCGUUAUUCAAUGCCAGCUGAAAAUCUAUAUAUGUGACGUAAACUAUAAAUUUUUAUUACUGGCAGUGAAUAUCGGAGCGCAGCACUUGGGGUUGAUUGUGUAUCUUGAAACGAAAUGAAAAUUACAAAAGUGAACAAAUUUACUAGAUUUUGACAAAUAAAAUCGUAGAUACUUUAGUGAAUGUCCUCACUUUUGUAAUUUUCACCUUAUUUCAAGAUAGCAAUCGAGCCCCUUGAGACGAGGUAAAAAUUUAUAAUUUAUAAUGAAAUUCACUAAAGUAUAUCUACGAUUUUAUUUGUCGAAAUCUAGUAAUUAAUCUGCUCACUUUUGUAAUUUUUACCUCGUUUCAAGAUACACAUCCCGUGUUCCUUUUUUAUGGGCAGUGCUGAAAAUAUAUAGUUUGCGUCACGUAACUAUAGAUUUUCAGUACUGGCAGUGAAUAAAGGAACACAGCCACAAUCGAUCCCCUGAAUUGCAUAAAAAUCGGUAGAUAUAUGUUUUCGAGGUCGCUGAUUACGAACACGGUGUGUAAUUUUUCAAUUUUUUUGUAGAAAUAUCUACGAA